UCCUCGUCUUCCGUUCGAUGAGGAUGACGUGGCGUCUGCUGACCUGAAAAGAAAGGAAGCAACAGACAGACUGACAACACUUCACAAUAUUCGUUUGUGGUGUGAUUUUCAUGACCCUGAAACACUACUCACACAAAAACUGACAGCGUUAACGUCCGUGUUUCACAAUGAGGCGCGCCGGCUUGGGUGAUGGAGCAUCUGGAAACUAUGUGGCAAGUGGAUACAGUGUGUACGAAGAGGAAAAUGAACAUCUACAGGAGGGACUGCGAGCCAAAGUCAGCGCUUUGAAAAGUCUGUCUAUCGACAUAGGAACGGAAGUGAAGUACCAGAAUAAAAUGCUGGACGACAUGGACACGGACUUUGACUCAACGGGCGGCCUGCUGGGCGCCACCAUCGGCAGAGUCAAACAGCUGUCCAGAGGCAGUCAGACCAAACUGCUGUGUUACAUGCUGCUCUUCUGCCUUUUUGUCUUCUUUGUACUCUACUGGUUCAUUAAGUUGAGGUGACAGCUGGAUCUCGCCGGACUUUGAACACACACCCGCACCUCGGGAUAACUCAAGUUCAUUAAAAAAAGAAAAAAAAAAAGGUCAGAUGAUUCAUGAAGCCAAACGGUUGUAUUAUCCUGUGUAUUUUACACCCUCAAUAUACGCCGCUGUUGUGAGAUUAGAUGUGUGUGUGUGUGUGUAGAGGCUGAUGUGAUGAGAUUUAGCAUUGUGACAUAGAAGAUAGCUUGAGCAAUGCCAUAGUUGACACAUGGAGAAACGAGUGCUCUGUGUAUGCUCUUAUCUGUUUAUUGUGCUUCACACUGAGAGCAACUAAGUUAUACAAUGCUCUCCGAGAGACAUUUCGAUUAUCUGCAAUACAGCAAUUAAUGCGUAUAUAUAUGGGUGUACAAUAUCCGGGGGGGGGGCUACAGCAAUGUUAGAUGUGCAAUGUAAAUAUUUUAUGAUAUUUUUAACCAAUAAACAUUUAUCAGGUAUGUCCUU